AGCAGACAGACGGGACCGGAGGAGCGCGCGAGAAAGAGAGAGAGAGAGAGCAGUGCUGGGCCACGUAGCGGGGGCUGAGGAGGAGGAGGAGGACGCCGGUGCGCGGGUUUAUCUUUCCGCAGACACACGUUAAAUCCGGCGCAGUGUUUUAUUUUUGUUUAUGUAUUUUUGCAACCAAUCUUUCUUUUGCCUUUUAAAAAAAUCUUUAUUAUUUUUCUGCUUAAUGCACGAAUGUAGUGAGAGAGGAGCGCGCGUGCAAACCCCACCGAAUCUGUGCAACUCUGAUUUGCACGAACGCAAGAGGGAGGUCGCUGUCGACGGCAGAGGGUGCAAAGUUCAUCUUUGAAAGCUGUCCAGACUGAAAACGGCAGUCACCAGCGAUCGUUAUUCCAGUAGGUUUGACCUCCCGAUCUGACAAGGUGAUUGUGUCGACUAAUUACCAGUGAUAUUGAGAAGUCUGCGCUCUACUUGAUUCCCACAUCAAAGGAUUGCAAUAUUUCACAGUGAUGCACAGUAAAUGGCAUUUAAAACGAGACGCAGAAGUCCUCACGUCUUUACCUGAAGACCACAACACCUGACAGGACAGAAGUCUUCGGAGAAACUGAAUCUGCACGCGUUUGGCUUCAAAUAUUCUGCAUCAACAAGCCUUUGGUUUUGCGGUCAGAUCUUUAAGCUAAUGGAACAAAGUUUUCAGCAGAUUGUAUGUCUUUCCAACUGUGAUUCUUACCUCGGACAGCAUGGAUGCUCUCUUUGAAUCAGGUUGACUGUCUCUUACCUCAUCCCCUCUCUUCAGCAGAAGGAGGGUGGGGGAUUGGUGUGGCGUCCCCUGACCCUCCUCUGUAGGGUGAGCUCGCCUACUGAGACACCACAGCAGUUAAUCUUUUGCGUUGCCUCCCCACCACCAGCUCCAUCCCUCUUCAUGAAAUCCUGCCAGAGCCUCAAGGAAGAGGUUUCCGUCCCCAGCCUUGGCGGGAUGUCACAGGAAGAGGGACGGAGGGCGCCGGUGUCCCAGUCCUAUUACCACUCUCCGAACCCCGACCUGGACCUGACGGGAAAGCUUUACAAGAGGGAGGUCGGCGGCAAGCCUUAUUCUGUGCUAGUGGACAAUAAAAUGGCAGCCAAGACAUCCAUCGGAGACCAGAGCAUUGGUCAGCUGCCCACCCAACAUGUGACUCCGCAGCAGUAUUUCAGAGAGGGAGCAGCUGCCCAGGAUGUCAGCACACAAGGGUCCCAGGCGGGCAACGAGGGCUCCACCGACGACACCGAGGAUGAAGACGAAGACGAGGAAGAGGAGGGAGAGGAUGGAGAGGAGGGCUUCAAGCGAGAGCAGAUCAUCGUGGAGGUUAACCUGAACAACCAGACGCUUCAUGUGUCCAAGGGCGACAACAAAACUGGAAACACGGCGGACGACUCGGAGAGAGCCGGAAGCGACGAAGAAGACGAAGAGGAGGAGGAAGAAGACGAAGAGGAGGAGGACGAGGAGAGCCCCGACGAGGAAGAGGAGGAAGACGAGGAGGACGACGAGAUCGAAAGUCAAAGAACGCGAUCCAAGAGGACACGUCGAGGUGCAAGCAGCGCUGCAGCUCCCAGCCAGCCUCGGAGGAAAAGCCUCAGGACGGCUCUGAGUGCUGCCAGUGCUGGGAUGACCACCAGGGGGCGACGGAAGCGCAUGGAGCCUCCGAAGAGCAAGCGCAGGUCGGCCAGGUCGGCGCCGUCCUCCACCGGCAGUGCGAUGGCGGAAGGGAAAGCAGAGGUGGAGGAGAAGGAGAUGCUGGCGUGUGAAAAGUGUCCUCGGGUGUUCAACACUCGCUGGUACCUGGAGAAGCACAUGAACGUCACACACAGGCGAAUGCAAAUCUGCGACAAGUGCGGCAAGAAGUUUGUCUUGGAGAGUGAACUCGCUUUGCACCAUCAGACCGAUUGUGAGAAGAACAUCCAGUGCGUCUCCUGCAACAAAUCUUUCAAGAAACUGUGGUCGUUGCACGAGCACAUUAAGAUCGUGCAUGGCUAUGCGGAAAAGAAGUUCUCGUGUGAAAUCUGUGAGAAGAAAUUCUACACAAUGGCUCAUGUCCGUAAGCACAUGGUUGCUCACACCAAGGACAUGCCAUUCACCUGUGAGACGUGUGGGAAGUCAUUUAAACGCAGCAUGUCUUUAAAAGUUCACUCACUGCAGCAUUCAGGAGAGAAGCCCUUCCGUUGUGAGAACUGUGACGAGCGGUUCCAGUAUAAGUACCAGCUGCGCUCGCACAUGAGCAUUCACAUCGGACACAAGCAGUUCAUGUGUCAAUGGUGCGGCAAAGACUUCAACAUGAAACAGUAUUUUGAUGAGCACAUGAAGACACACACAGGAGAGAAACCUUUCAUCUGUGAGAUCUGUGGGAAGAGCUUCACCAGCCGACCCAACAUGAAGCGCCACCGUCGAACCCACACGGGUGAGAAGCCGUAUCCCUGCGAGGUCUGCGGCCAACGCUUCCGCUUCUCCAACAUGCUCAAAGCACACAAAGAGAAGUGUUUCCGGGUCACCAGCCCCGUCGUCCUGCAGACCAGUGGCCCUCCUGUGCCUGUCCGCAUCUUUGCCAACACCUUCACCUCCUCCUCUUCCUCCACCUCCGGCCCUGGGCCCUCCGCCGCCGUCCCGGCCACCACCUCAGCGUCCCUGGGCCUCAAUCCCACGGGAGCGUCCCUUCCUCCACAAGGCCCGGUGGGACACACGUUCUCCCAUGUGCAGCUCCACUCAACGCCCUCCCACCAUCAUCCUCACCCCACGGCCACCCAGCAACACCUCUCCAGUGCGCCCCAACACGCCCCGCCUCACCCCCACCACCACCUGGCCGUGCCUCCCGUCUCCCACCUUCCUCCUCCACCGGCUCUUUUCAAAAGCGAGCCCCUAAACCACUGUGGGCAUGAAGACAGCAGCUACCUGCACCACAUGGCGCCGCCUGACAAAGGCCCCGGAGCCCCUCAGCACCACUGAACAGGGCUCCAGGUCUGCAGGCUGCUACCAAACCUCGCCUUGAUCCUCGUCUUCUCAUAGUCCUGCCUCAGUUUCUUAGUCGUAAGGCACCCGAAGCCAUGUCUACAGAGAAAGCGUAGCAGCAGUGUGUGUCUACACAGGAGGCUUUCAGGCGCUGUAGUGAGAUUUUAGAAGUGCUCAGAGCCCAGUACAAUGUAGUUUUGUGCGUAAAACGCCUGAGAAUAGACUCAAAGCAUGAAUAACCUGUGUAGACAGCUGGAAGGAGGAAAAAUCUGUUCCGUCAGAUGACUGAAAAAACGCGGCUUCUGUGUAGACAUGCAUUACACAAGGGUGCUCCUGUCAAAUGGAUCUAAAUAAUUCAAGCUAAACAUACACAGGUGUGUAUGCGUGAAAGAUUCAGACUAGCGCAGCCCUCAGUGCACACAUCAUUGAACUGAAAAAUCCCUUUCAACUGACAAAGCUUUUACAACCUCUAGAAUUUUUUUUUCUUGAACAUUUUCUUCGACAGAAAAUGUUUUUUUGUGUGAGUUCUCUACCUGUACAUUGAUGGGUGUAAACUAUCUCUUUUUCAUCAAAAAGCUGCUGAUGGAAGUUGACAUAUGUAUUAACCCGGGCUUCGUGGAUCAUCAUGGAUCGGUGUCACUGAACUUUCCCUCUUGUCAAGUUGGUUUUAGAUCGCGCGUUGGCUACGGACUCGAGCUUUCUGUGCAGGUCCUCCCCAGAGCAAUACUCCGCCUGUCCUCCCAGUUAUACUGCAGAACCUAGGGGCCCCACAGAAAUGUUUAUUGAAUGUUGAUACUGGUUCUACCUGAACCUUUCUCUGCCCUGAGGCCACAACAGAGGCUUCCUGUCAGAGGGGCAGCAGCAGUAAAGCAAGAUGCAGUGCCAUAAGAAGAGCGGGGAGGAAGAAUUUUUGUAAAGGACAUGGGGGGGGGGGGAUUUUGUAAAUGGUUACUUGAAUCUAGACCUAGUCUGAGAUUCAUAUCAUGGUAAAAUGGUGCUUUCCAUUCCAGUACAUCAAAUAUUUCUUAAUUUAGCUUUUACAUUUGAUUUUCACGAGGAAGAAAUAACAAAGUAUUGUGUCAUACUGGACAUGUCUUGCCAAUCUGGCUUUUCUACAGUGGAUUUGCGAUCAUGAUAACUCGGAGUACUGCAGGAUGUGGCCUCAGCGAACGCACCCUCACACUUACUCAAGCACACACACACUCUUACAUAUACAUACAAAAAGACAAAGACCACACGGCCGCUGAUUGACUCGCUUUGAUCAGUGCCACCUCAUCUUUUCAGUACUGUCGGUCAACAGAUGCUUUUAGAUAACGGACGACUGUCAAAUACUGCCACUGUGAGGGGCCAGACGCUCGGCCCCAUCAGGAUUUACCCCCCACCUCCCUUCGCUGCUGUCGAAAUGAUACGGGUUACCAUGUUAAAGGUCAUCGACACACACACAGUACACACAACUGGGACCUUUUUCAUCAAAGUUCUUAACAGGAAAAUAUGCAUAUUCCUCUCUCUCUCAGCCUAUAUUCCACGGUUUGGUGUGGGGUGUUGUUGUUAUGUAAACGGUUUGUGUUCACGGCGGAUCCACACAGGCAAACGCGUGUCUAAACCUGUUGAAUGUUGCCUACGCAGAGUGAUGGCUGAUGAGUCAUUCAUAUGUUAAUUUUGUUUGGUUUUUUUUGUUUGUUUUUUUUACUGAUAAUUUGCUCAGUUUUAAGCUAAUGAAUGGUUCCGUCAUGUAGAUAAUAAACAGCUGUUAGCACAUGAUAGGAAACGUCAGGAUAAGAGGUGGUGGUCAUACAACUUCUAAUACUGUCUUGUGUAGAUAGGCGUACGUGUGAUCAAAUCAGCGCGAGAAAUUACAUUUAUUAAUGUAAUAGCCAAUAGUGUGAAUGUUUAUUUGUUGAAAGGAGACGUUCGGGCUUGUAUUUGGCACGAGUGUGGGUUGUUGCCUCUUCGCCCAGUUUGAUGGUGUGUUCAGAGGGAAUGUGUGCAUGCAUUACCAGUCUGGUUGUCCCCAGUGCUCUUGUACCAAAAGCUGCUUUUUACACAGUGUGCCCCAAUAUAUGCGUAUUUUGGGGGAUAGCAGUACAUUUUAACACCACCCCUCGGUAUUCAGCCUGAAGUGGUUAAGCUCGGUAGUUUAGUCCCUUCUCUUUUUGGAUUUGAGACCUGCGAUUAUCCUGCCAUUUCUGUGGGUCUUAACACUGCUGCAAUGUUUGCUUAUCACCCCGUCACCCCUCGUCGUGUUCACUGCUGUGAUUCAGCUUUUUUUUUUUUUUUUUUGGCAGUAUGGAUCUUUGUCUUGGUUUUUUUUGUUGUUUUUUUAAGCCUUUUUUUUUUUUUAUUUGCGUGUAUUCUCUGCACUUUACUGCUGCGUGAGUGAGGCGCAGGGAAGGGUAGGGGGUGGGACUGACGAUGCAUUGUGGAUCGGAGUGCAGUCGCGGCUGCACAGGAAAAGGGUGGAGGUGGUGUCUUUGAGUGGAUGUUUUUAGGCAAGGAAAGGAGGAGAAUCCCGGGUGGAGGCGGGUAGUGCGGAAGGGACCAUCGCAAACAAAGAACGCUUCUUUUUUUUAGUGUGUGCUUAAGCUUAAUUUCCUCUAUCUUGGUUUAAAAAAAAACAAAAACUGAAAUACACUUUUGCUCUGAUCUGGACCUUAGCUUCAAAAUGACAGUUCCUCCUGCUUUGGCGACUUUCCACGAGCCCCUCCACACGACGUCUCAAAUACAUUCUUCAUUUUACAUGUUUUUUUUCUCUCCGUCAUGUCUUCUUUUCAGUUUGCAGAAUGAUUCUCCUCCUCCUUUCUUUGUUAUAUAGAAUGCACUUUCUACUAAAUUUCUUGGGUAGUUAAGAAAAAAAAAUAACAUUGUAUAUUCUUUAAAGAUGUUUUAAAAAAAAUCAAUAUACUUUUCCCCUUUGUAUUUUUAACCACUUAAUGUAGCAUUGCGUAUUUUAUUAUUGUAUCUGGUACAAAAUGUGCAGCUUUAUAAUGUCUUGGUUUGUCUUUUUUGUAUGUUAUGUGGAGAUUGAGGAGAAAUGAAAAAGUUGGGCCUUUUUUGAUAAUGUACAUUUAACUGACUGCUAACUUUGAGAAGUAAAAACAAGUAGCCAUGA